GAGAGAAAAAUGAGCGCCAUGGCCUGCACUGUUUUCAAUGAACUGCGACUGGAGGGCAAACUCUGUGACGUGGUCAUCAGAGUCGAUGGCGUCGACUUCAACGCCCACAAAAAUAUCUUGUGCAGCUGCAGUCAGUAUUUCCAGGCCCUUUUCACCAGUGACUGGAGCACCUCAGACAAACACAUCUACACCAUACCCGGUGUCUCCCCCGAUAUGAUGCGUCUCAUAAUUGAGUACGCCUACACACGCUUCGUCCCCAUCACCAAGGAGAACGUGCAGGAUCUCCUGGUGGCAGCUGACCAGUUCUCCGUCAUGGGCAUCGUACGUGCCUGCUGUAAGUUCCUGGAGGCACAGCUGUGCCAGGAGAACUGCAUCGGCAUCUGGAGGUUUGCCGAAUUUUACUCGUGCCCGGAGUUGCAUCGGACUGCCUACGCCUACAUCCUCCACCACUUUGAGAAGCUGGUGCGCGUGUCAGAUGAGUUCCUGGAACUGUCUCUGUCCCAGCUCUGCGAAAUCAUCGGUAUGGAUAAGCUGAACGUGAAGCAGGAGGACGUGGUCUUUGAGGCCAUUCUAUGCUGGAUCAACCACAGACCUCAGGAACGAAAGGAACAGAUGUCCAUCCUGCUGCCCAAAGUUCGUAUGGGGCUAAUGACAGCAGACUUCUUUAUGAAUAACGUAAAGAACAACGAGUUGGUGAGGGACAACCAAGCAUGCAAGCCCAUUAUUAUUGAUGCUCUGAAAGCCAUGUACGAUCUCAACAUGAAUGGGCCCUCCAACUCUGACUUCACAAACCCUUUCACCCGCCCCCGCCUGCCUUACGCCAUCCUAUUGGCUAUUGGCGGCUGGAGUGGGGGCAGCCCCACCAAUGGGAUGGAGGCAUAUGAUGCAAGGGCAGAUCGUUGGGUGAACGUGCCACAGGAUGAGAGCGCCCGGGCCUAUCACGGCACGGUUUAUCUCAAUGGUUUUGUUUACUGCAUUGGUGGCUUUGAUGGCGUCGACUAUUUCAACAGUGUGAGAAAGUUCAACCCCAUCACACAAACUUGGCAUCAAGUUGCGCCCAUGCAUUCUCGCAGAUGCUAUGUGAGUACCACCGUCUUGUACGGGUGUAUUUAUGCUAUGGGCGGCUUUGACGGUUAUGUACGACAGAACACAGCAGAACGCUACGAACCAGAGACAAACCAGUGGACAAUGAUCGCACCCAUGCAUGAACAGAGGAGUGAUGCUAGUGCUACCACUUUGCAUGACAAAGUGUAUAUCUGUGGUGGUUUUAACGGGACUGAGUGUCUGUUCACGGCUGAGUCUUACAACCCCCAGACUAACCAGUGGACUUACAUUGCCCCCAUGAGGAGCCGACGGAGCGGAGUUGGGGUAGUUGCUUACGGGGAGCAGGUCUACGCUGUGGGUGGUUUCGAUGGUAACAACCGGUUGAGACACGCAGAGGCUUACAACCCACUCACUAACACCUGGCGGAGUGUACCUCACAUGUUCAGCCCACGGAGCAACUUUGGAAUCGAGGUGUUAGAUGAUUUGUUGUUUGUAGUUGGAGGCUUCAAUGGCUUCACCACCACCUUCAAUGUGGAGUGCUAUGAUGAAAAGACAGACGAGUGGCACGACGUCCAGGACAUGGCGAUUUUCCGCAGUGCCCUGAGCUGCUGCGUGGUGCCAGGUCUGCCCAACGUGGCACAAUAUUCCGCGCCCAGAGACUCACCCCAGACUCCCCAGGAGGAACUCAGACAGUUCUCAUCAAACACCAUAUGA